AUGAAGCACUCGCAAACUGGGUCCCGAUCCUCCUCACCUCCACUACAAAGAUCCGAACCCAUGAAUUCAGCUCCCAGAAACCCCCAGCCAAAUGAACGCUUGAUGCUUAGAAAUGACCCACAGCUAAGCUCACGAGUUCAACGAAGGCCGCAAAGACCCAGGCAACUAAGACCAUCCAACCGAAACAUCUUUACUUCACUCAACAGAGAGGUCCCUGUCAACGAAAGACUCUUCUCACAAACACAAACGAUAGCUGAAACCAUGGAAGUACAGCCAAGUGCAAGGAGUUUGAGGGAAGACCAGAUUGAUAUGAAUUAUGCUCUGGCCAGGUACCUCAACUCUGCUAGGAACACUAGAAAGGGUACAUCUAAGACCUUGGACCUUUCGAGAUGGGAGGCCUCUACUCCAACCCUUUCGACCCCACAAGGUGCUUCAAGCUCUUAUCCUCAAGGACAAUUUAGUACCCUGUCUACAGGACCUACUAGUCCCACCCUCAGUCACCAACAAGCCUUCGUAUACUCACCGGACAGAAUCAUCACAUACGCUGGCGCACAGUUUGAGGGGGAAGAUAUGAUCGAUGAAGAUACCGAAGAUGAGACCUAA